ACAGUCUCUUGUUUUUCUCAGUGAAUUCUUGUGCAACCCCCAAGAAAAAAGACCAAAAACAUGAGUGAAAGUGCACUAAAUCUUCUGAAUUUGAUAGUAAACAACCGUGAUGAUAUUAUCUACGUGACAGUACUGCUAUCCUGCAUAGCAGUUGGCAAAUAUUAUAGAAAAAUCGCCGACUGUGCGGAGAAAGAGAAAUUCGGGAAUAUCCUGGGAGUUCUCAUCAUUGUCAUCGUUUCCGGCUUCCAUACUCUCCACAUCUUCGUCUCCUUUGCUGCAUCCGCCGGGAUUAUACUCCUGCAUAAACAAUUACAAUGCCACGUUAUUGUCUCCGUUUUUAUGUUCCUAUACCUCCUGUUCUUCCGGAUGACUUACUACUUUGGCCUGCCAUCGCCUCCUGGCCACACAAACCUCAUUCAAAUGGUCCUGACGCUCAAGCUCGUGGGAUUAGCUUUUGAGGUGAAAGAUGCUACAUUGAAGUGCAGAAAAGCUUCCAAGGAGGAAUACGAACAGAUCCCUUACCAUGAAAAAGAAUUAGCCGAAAUAACUCCAAAAAAUAUCUUUGGGUACUGUUUUAACUAUGUUGGAGUCCUUACUGGACCCUAUCUUACAUAUAGAACCUACAGGGAUUCCUUUGUAGAAACGUAUGCUUCCAAUGAGAAGCGUUUUGAAGCUUGCGACAAGACGACUUUGGAAAAAUUCAAGUCUAUCCCAAUUUUUGUGGCUCUGUACCUUCUAACGAGUUACUUUUGGCCUCUUGGGAGGAUUUUCAAUGAUGAAUUUUACGCUCAGUCGAUUCUUUUGCGAUUGUGGUAUGUUUGGCCGGCGUUUUUCAUCUUCCGGAUGAGGAUGUAUAUCGGAUUGACUCUGAGUGAGUGUGUUUGUUCAGCUGCUGGAGUUGGAGCCUAUCCAACUGUCUUCCAGUCUACGGCUGGAGGAGGUCCGAAAACCAAAGAUCCACAGCUCCUGGAAGCCUGGGAUCAGAGUUAUGAUUUCAAUACCAUCAAGAAUAGCGAUGUUUACACUACCGAAACCUGCUGGACAUUCCGGGAAGCUAUGAAGAGCUGGAAUAUGUGUGUUCAAUAUUGGUUGGCUAUGAAUGUCUACAAACGCUUUCCGAGCCGUAAACUCCGCACAGGAGCUACUCUCCUGGUUUCAGCCUAUUGGCAUGGAGUUAAUCCCGGCUACUACUUUUGCAUCUUCGCGGCACCCUUCUACGUUGCCAUUGAGGAUCUCUGUCUCAAACGACUGAGAUCGUCCAUUCCUAGCUUCCCUCUCUGGCUCAAUGUUUGCGUGUGGAUUAGCAAAUUCUUUGCCUUCUCCUACAUGGCCAUUGCCUUCCAACUGAUCACUUUCCCAAGGAUUUGGAACUACUACAAUUCAGUCCUUCACUUUGGCUACCUCCUUUGGGCCUGCCAAUAUGCAGUGGCUCUUUUCUGGCCAAAGAUCUCCAAAGCGAUUUUUGGCGGAAAGCCCAGAAACAGCGAGAAAGCCAAGGAGGACAAAAGUAGUUAAAGUGGAUCAGGACGAAUCAAGGUGUUUUAGGAUUAUCCGCAGUCGUUAUCCAGGAUUUUAGGUAAUGGAAGGUUUUUGGUAUUAUUAUCCAAUUGUCAUUAUCCAGAUUAUGAGUAUUCUAGUUCACCAAGUUUUUUUCUUACAAUUUAUUUGGCGGUCAUAUAUACCAGUAUCCAACUUAUCCGGGUUAUCCAUGUUAUCCAAACUUGAGCUCAAAACAAAAUCCAUAUUAUUUUGAUAAAACUUCUAGACAAUACUUGAAGGAUUUAAUCGAUUAAUCAAUUGUACGUCUUGAUAUCGCUCCUUGGAAAUUACAAGGGGCAACUCAAUCUGAGCCAUUUUUCAGGAGACAGCAUGAAAGAUUCAACUUUGUAUAAAUAACUAUCUUAAUUAAGUAUGUUAAUAAAAACAAUUUAAUUCCUUUCUAUUUGUAUGAGCAUUAUCAUAAACAUCGGAACAUACAUAUUUUUACCUUUCAAAAUAUGUUUUUUUAUGAGUUAGCUCUUUGUCAUUCUAAAUGAUGCGCAAAUUUUCAUGAAAUUAGAUGAAAUGUUUCACAAAAAUUUGAACGAUAAAUCUAUUUUGUGUUCCUUGACUUCAAACAAAACCGCGCAAGCAAUCAUAAAGAGUAAAAUUUUGAAAAACUUUUCUAAUAACGAAAUUUAUUGACUCAUAUCAUCUGAAAUUUUAUUAAAUUCUCUAUCUGAGUGUAUUAAAACCUCAAAAUCGCCAAAAAGUGAGUUGGCCCCUUGUAAUUUCCAAGGAGCGAAUAUAAUGUAUUUUGAUGUGUCAUAUUAUCCAAGAUUGAAAAGUGUUAUCCGAAUAAUUUACAAGUGAAAAUAUCAUAAAUCUCCAUUAUUGCGGUGAUAAAAUUUGAGUUUCAGUGACAAUUGAACAAUUGCAACAUUUUGAAAGAAUUUGGAUAAAAGUAUUUUUGAUAAAUAUUAUCCAAGUUUCUACAAUAUCACAACUAUGAUUCCGGUUAAAAAUAAAAAUCAUUAGACGCAAAAUUGCAAUUAAUUUAUCCUCUUCGAAUAUUUUAUUUUUAUCCAGAUUUAUUAUCGAAGUUAGAAAUGUUCUUUUGUAUCUGGAUAAACAUUGAAAUUUGGGAUCAGUAUCUUUGGAUAAUAAUCUAUUUAGAAUGAUCAAAAUGUCCCCAAGUGUAUUCCUUAUCAAGAUUCCUUAUCCGGUUUAUCCAUCUUAGAAAAUGUAGAACAAUUUAAAUUCAAAAGACAAAUCAUGAACAAAAAUUCCAAAGUGCAAUAUUUAAAUUUAAUAAAUGUUUGAACUGAAAUUGGCAUUAUUUUUGUGAUUCAUGAUUGGAACAUUUGGUCUAAUUCGUCUAAUUAGUUGUAAAUAACUAAUUAAGCUUGUUAGUCUAAUUAGACUAAUUGUCUGAAUAGAUAAAUUUGUGAAAAAAAUUGAUGACAUUUGCAUUUCUCAUUUAAAAUUUACUUUAGUAGUUUAUUGUAAGAUAGUGAGGAUUAGAAAAGUUAACAUUCUAGUUCUAGUGCUUGCCAUUUCAAAAAAAUAUACAUAAAUAAUUUUUUUUUCUUUAAAAAUCCUCAAUUCUGCGAAUAUGUACAGAAAAAAUGUCUAUAAUUUGUGUAAAAUAAAUUGGUUCUAAAA